CUAUGAAUCAUUCUCCCCUGUGAAAAGGAAGUAGUAGCCUUUCUUCAAUCAUUUUGAUUGUGAAGUAAUUAAUUAAUCGUAACAAUUACAGUUGAAGACGACGACUUUCAAGACUUGGAAGAGAAUUCUGAGCAAGAAAUAUGUCCGAAGAAGAGGGGAAAGAACGAGGAAUCGCCACUGGCAGUUAUCCACCUAACCAACAGCCACCGUCGCAGGUGUACUACGGUACCUUCCAGGGAGUAGCCAAUUAUCCUCCUCAGCCAACUAUCGGUUUCCCUCAACCAGUUCCACCUCCAGGAACCUUUGCUCAGCCACCACCACCACCACCGCAGUACUAUGCUCAUGGUUAUCAGACAGUUCCAGGUUAUGCCAUUGCUGAAGGACUGCCAAUGAGAGAGAGACGUCUUCCUUGCUGUGGCAUUGGAAUGGGAUGGUUCUUGUUCAUAACUGGCUUCUUCCUUGUUGGAAUCCCCUGGUAUCUUGGAGCACUUUUUAUACUUUGCAGCAGAAGAAUUGACUACAGAGAGAAGCCAGGAUAUGUUUCAUGUACUAUCGCUGCUGUUCUUGUAACCAUUGCUAUCAUUUUUGGUUCGACAUCACGUGACUGGGAUUGGGAUUGAUUCUUGAGGAGGGGAAGGGAAGGGUUGGAAAAGUAUAUGCUUCCACUCUGAUAUAGAUGUGCAGUAUGAAAGAAAGGCUCGACCCCUGUGUGAUCACCAGUUCAAAAGCUACUAGUUUGCAUUUGUUAUGUGUAGUCUUCCCUGAUUCUUCUUAGUAGUAAUGUUAAUGAAACUGAUAUAUAUUAUUUGGUCUCUUUCACAUUUGAAAACA